AUAAAGAUCAAGACAAAAUCGUCAUCAUCAGCGCCGCCAUGGGAGGAGUUAGGCGAGAGUAGGCCGUCUCAAUAACAAUGCACGAAUUUAGGCCUAUUUACCCUCACUUCCCCUCGUUGGUGUUGACUGCCGCGCCUUUCCAGUGUGGGUGAGGGCGCAGGAGGAGUGGGAGAGGUGUGGGCGCCGUAGUGAAGCCAGUGAGAGACCAACUUCUUAACCUACCACCACCACCACCACCAUGGACAAGGCCUACCCAGUGAGGAGUGUCCAGGCUUGCACCGAUACCAGCGACUGCCAGGAGAUGUCGCGCACCUCUGGCCUUUAUCUGAAGCCCGUCGCCCGCCUUAGCAUCACCGUCACUCUGCCUCAGCUCAAGUCCGGCCAGUCUAUAUCCAACUGGGAGGUGAUGGAGCGGCUGCGUUCGGCCAUCACCCCCAAGGAGUUCACGGUCAUUAAGGUCACCAAGAGCACGCUGGAGUUCCUGAGGUUUGGCGAGAUAGAGAACAAGAGAGACCUUACCCUCGUCAUCGGCAAAAUUGAUCAGAAGGGCAUUAAGCUGAGUGGAUUUUCUGAGCUCCUGAAGAUCCGUGCGGUGGAGGCCAAGACAAGCUUUCCCAUGAGGCACGACUGGGAAAGCUUCUUCCGCGACGCCAAGCACAUGAAUGAGAUGAAGCCAGGAGAGCGCCCUGACACUGUGCACUUCCAGGACCUACCAUGCCGCUGGUUUUCACACCUGAAUGACCCCACCCCGGACCUGCCCAACCUGUACGUGAUGGGGAAGGUCAUGGGGUCGUUUGGGGAGGUGCGGGCGGUGGACAUCCCCAUAUGUGACCCCUACAGGAGGAGCAUGCCCUCCUCCAUCAGUGGUCUGCAUGCCCCCCCAGCCUUCGGUCAGGGGGGCGUGUUUGAGGCCUAUGUGCAGUUCAAGGAGUACAUCGGGUUUGCCAAGUGUAUGCAUGCUCUGCAGGGCAAGAAGUUGGUCUAUAUGGAUGGCGAUGGCAAGGCGUGGAGUACUUGUAUUAAGGUUGACUUUGACCGCACCAAACACAUGUCUGAGUACUCCAUCAAGAAGAGGGCGGCCGAGAGGGACAAGUUGAAGGCUGCCGAGAGGGAGAGGGAGGAGAAGUUGCGGAGGAAGAAGGAGAUGGAGGAGAUGAAGCUGGAGGCGGAGAGGAUGCGAAUGGAGGAGGAACAGCGGCUGAAGGAGGAACAGAAGGAGGCGAAGAGGAAGGAGAAGGAGGCAAGGAGGAAGAACCGGGAGGAGAAACGGAGGAGGAAGAGACUCAUGAAGGAGGAGGAGAGACUGAAGAAGGAGGAGGAGGAGGAGGAGGAAAGGCUUGGGAGGAAGAUAGUGCUAGAGGAGAAGAAACUGCUACAGGCUCAGAGGAAAUUAGAAAGUAUUAGACUUCUUGAUGAGCUGUUUGAGAGGAUUAAGGUGGUGAAGCAGAAGGAGGUGGCCCAGCGCAGGGAGGAAGAGCUGUACCAGGCUGUGGACAAAGAAAACACCAAAGCAAAGAAGAAGGAGCUGAAGGAGCACCGUCGACAGGAGCGUCUGGCCAGCAAGGAGCGGGUGCUGAGGGACAAACUGGUGCACUCCUACAAGCUGCGGGAGGAGGAACGUAUGGCUGAGCAGCGGGAGAGGGUGCGGCUCGCUGUGCAGGGCAAGGACCAGCUGCACACCUCCAUCUCUGCCGCCUCCCUCUCCUCCAUCUCAAGUGCCACCUCCGAGGGCGACCUUAAUGCCGUCUCCUCCUCCUCCUCCUCCUCUUCCUCCUCGUCUUCCUCCUCUGACUCGGACUCAUCAUCAACGACAUCAUCAGGAGGUGUUGGUCUUUCAAAAAAUCAGUUUGGCGGGCCUCUGAGGGUGGAGCAGGACGCGGCAGCAGCAGUAGCAGCAGCGGCGGCGGCAGGAGUGAAGGGCCCGUAUGAGGCAGAGCAGGGGUGGGGGCAGCAGGAGGCGCCUUACCCCCCCUACUUCGACAGCCACUACCCCUAUGAGGAAUGGGAUGACUAUGGGUGGCGGGGCCGGGGCUGGGGGGGUCGGUGGCGCUACCCCAGGGGACCAUGGCGGGGGAGGGGCUUCAGGGACCGGGGGAGGGGUUUCAGGGACAGAGGGGGGCGGGGGAGUUACCGUGGGGGGUGGGGUGGUAAGUUCCCUCUGGAGAAGGACCCUGCCAAGCCAACCACAUGGUACAAGAGAGGGGAGGGUGGUGAUUCAGGGUCAAGGUCACGCUCCAGGUCAAGGUCACGGCGAAGGUCAAGGUCACGGAGGUCAAGGUCAAGGAGGUCAAGGUCAAGGUCACACUCCAGGUCCAGGUCAAAGAGGUCAAGGUCCAAAAGGUCACAUUCCAGGUCAAGAUCAAGAUCAAGGUCUAGGUCCAGGUCAAGGUCAAGAUCAAGAUCGAGGUCAAAGAGGUCAAGGUCAAAAAGAUCGAGGUCAAAAAGGUCACACUCCAAGUCCAGGUCGCAGUCUCAUUCCAAGGGGUCGCGAUCUAAGUCAAGGUCAAGAUCAAGGUCAAGGUCGCGCUCCAAGUCCAAGAGGUCAAGGUCAAGGUCGAAAAGGUCACGAUCCAGAUCAAGGUCGAAGUCGAAAAGGUCACGAUCUAGGUCAUCCUCCAGGAAGUCAAGGUCGCGGCGGUCAGGAAGCGGGUCGCAGUCGAGGUCACGCAGCCGGUCAAGGUCGCGUUCAAGGUCGCGUCGGUGGAGGGAAAGGUCGGUGGAGGGGAGGAGAAGGGAGAAGAGACGGGAGAGAGAGGAGGAGGAGGAUGAACGGAGAAAGGAGGAGAAAAUUAACUAUGAUGACCUUCGAGAGAGUGACCUUGAGUUGUCCAGUGACCCGGAGGAGGAGGAGAGGAGGAGGUAUCAGGAGGAGUAUUACGGAGAGGAGGAGGAAGAAGAGGAAGACUAUAUGAGCUACCACCACCACUACCCCCCACCCCACCACCACUACCCCCCGAGAGGCUACCGGGGGCGCAGGGGGUACCGGGGGCGCUGGGGCAGCUUUAGGGGUGAUCGGGGUGGGUGGAGGUACCCCCCGCCUCGCCCCCCCACUCAGGACCCGUACCACCACCUCUACCUCAAGUACUUUGAGAGUGUGGCGGAGAGGGAGGGACGGAGGGGGGAGGAGGAGGAGGAGCGUAGGAAACAAGAGGGGAGGAGGAGCCUGGAGGAAGAUCGGAGGAAGAUCGACGGGAGGAGCCAGGAGGAGGAGAGGCGGAAGGACAAGAAGGAGGAGGAGGAGGAGGAAGGGACGAGGAGUGAGAGGAGGAGGAAGGAGGAGGAGAGAGGAGGUAGUCUGGAGGAGCCCUUUAGAGGAAGAGGAAGAGGAAGAGGAAGAGGUGACUGGCCACAUGGGAGCUACGAAUGCCAGAGAAAAGGCCGGGAGAGAGACAGAGAUAGAGAGAGAACACCUCCUCCUCCUCCUCCACCUCCUCCACCACCACCAGCAGAAAGGAGGAGGAUGGAGGCACUGGAGGAAAGGUCGCGAGAGGAGAGGCCACGGCGGGAGGAGUAUGACCCCGGAGCACAGCUGAGGGAGAGAAUACGACAGGACAGAGAGGAAAGCGAGGCAGCAAGACGAGAGAAAGAGAGGGAGAGAGAACGAGAGAGAGAAGCACAGCGAACCACCACUUCAAUAAACCGAGGAAGAGAAAGAGAGGGAAGAGAAGGAGAAGGAGGAAGAGGAGGAGGAGGAGGAAGAGGAAGAGGAGGAGGAGGAGGAGGAGGAGGAGGAGGAAGCGCAAGAAUUUUAAGCACUGUAGUUCGUGACCCCUCCAAGGAAAGACCAACACACUCCAGGCCCCCUCACACCCCCACGCCUUCCCCUCCUGCAGGUGAUCCCCACUGGAGGAACCAAGGGCUGAGGGCGGACAUGGAGCGCAGGGAGGUGUCCAUCAAGGAGCGCCUCAGCUUUCGACGUCCUAGAGAGGCGGAGAAUGGCAGGACAAGCCCCCGGGGAAGGACCAGCCCAAGGGUUCCUGUGACUGCAAGAUUAACCAGAGGAAGAAGGAAAAAGGAUCCUCAUCUUACCCCCUCCACCUCCACUGCCCUGACACUCCCCCAGGCCAACCCCAGGGGGAGGAGGGACCACAGGGGCAGGAGGCAGUGGGAGGAUAGCCGGGAUAGGGAUGAGGAGGAGGAGGAAGAGGAGGAGGAAACGGUGAAGAGAGGGAAGGACUCAGAAGAAAGUGAGGGAAGUGAGUCUGAGGGAGGACAGAGGAAGAAGCAGAGUCAGCCACAGGAAGGAGGCAGGAAGAGAAGAAAGAGGAGGAAGAAAAGGAGAGAGGAAAGGGAAGAGAAUGCAGGAAGGCCACAGAAACAUAAGAAGAAGAAGAAGAAGCAACAUGGUGCUACAAGACGAUAAAAGAGAGAGAGAGAAUAAAGAUGGAGAUAGAGAGAGAUAGAGGAAGGAAAACUAGUGUGAAAGAGACUAAAAGUUCCUUCUAAGUGUCACUAAUUAAAAAAAAAGACAAUCAGUGUAGAAAAAUGAAAAAAAAAAAAAAAAAAAAGUGAAAAGAAAAAAAAUGAAAGAAAAAAGGAUUGAGAACUGUCCAUGUAGUGAUAUUUAGAUGUACACAUUAGCGAUGUCACAAGUUUCACAAUGAGCGUUAGAAUAGCAGAUAGAUAAGAUACAUAUAUAUAUUUUUCCGUAUGCAUUCAAAUGUACAAAUAUUUUUCCCUGCUUUGCACUCGCCCACCAUGUAAAACCCACCUUAUUUUUUUUAAGUGUAUUUGAUAAUCUUUAAUUGAUAUUCUGAGCAGCAGCGUCUUGUUAGCUGCUUAACAUCUGCAUCUCUUUCAGGGUUCUCUUUCAGCACUCAGCUACAAUGAUGCUAGAGACUUAAACAUACACACACACACACACACACACAUGCACAGAGCAGGAGGUGGUGUGUGUGUGUGGUGGAGACUGUGCAGUGAAGAGUGACAGUGAUACCCUGCUCAUGUUUGUGUGUGGUGACAGUGGACAGUGCAAUACGAUGGUGAAAUUACUGGUGACUUGAUUGACACUCCACCACCACAAGGAAUUAAAAAGGAAAGAUGAGGAUAAACAUGAAAAGAAAACAACUAAUAAAAGUGAGUUUCCUUAGACUGGUAGAUGAAAAAAUAAUGAAUUAACACUGGAAGGAAGCAAUUGAGGAAGAAAUGUUUAGUAUAUUUCUUUUUCUUCACAGGUUAUUAGACCAAUGUGUCCCCCUUCCCUUUUUUUAAGCAAUUUUCAGGGUCAGUAUUCAUUUAGGUGUCAUGAGGGCAGGCUGCAGGAAGGCCCAGUGCUCAGUGUUGGACCACCUCACCACUGCAGCAAAGUAACACAGGUGAUGAUGACAGGGAAGCAAAACUAAAGGAAAAUGAAAUGAAGUGAAUACAUCAGUGGAAUUCUUUGUGCAGUGAAGUGACGGUGAAUGUGGUGGUUGAUUAAGACUCGGUGGAAGGUGAUCGGAACUUUGUAGUGCUGAUGAACGGCUGGAAAAGAUGGAUAUUGUGAAGGAAAUGAACAUGUAAACAGAGUGGAUGGAUGGAAGAAGAGAGAAAUUAAUUGUGUUCACUUUGUUUUCAGUUCAUGAUUUGUGUCAAAACUGUUAUUUAUGACGCUCUGUUGUUGUUUAUGUGUUGCUAAUGUUAUUGGUUUAUUUAUUGUAGCUUUGACUUUCUUGUAGGUUUUCAUUGAACUUUUAUAGAUAGACAGCUGUUUGUUUGCCAGUGUAGGAUCUUGUGAGUAAUGAGAGACAGGGAAGCAUUCAGUAGAUAAAAGUAAGUGAUUAGAGGAAGAGAAGAGUUGAUUGUGGUGAUAAGAGAAGGUAAAGGAAGAUGAUUAGAUGUUGAGGGAAUAGUGGAAGGAUUGGAGGAGACUCAGAUAAGAAUGAACAUGAAAUAAAAGAAUGAGAUGAUUGAAGUGUGAAAGAUGAAGACUCAGAGAUAAGGAUGAUUGUGAAAUAAGACAGAAAAUGAGAAGAUUGAAUUAUGAAAGAUAAAGAUAAUUGGAAAGCAGAACAGAGAAAAAAAAUACAUAUGAUUAAUGGAGAAAAAGAGGAAUACUAGAGGAAAUCAAUUGAGAUAAAUAUGAAAGGGAUUUAAAAGUAUGCAUAUCAAUCUAUCCUUCAAACCAGCAAUUCUAGCUUAGGUGGUGGGAAAGGGCAAUCUUACAGACCACACUCCAGUUAGGCAUACCACAUCUAGCCACAUAACCACCACAGUACAUUCUAGUUCACCACAGCCCCUUCGUAAUGAGACUGUUCCCUAUCCUACACAUACUCCUGUUGGAAAAUUAGAAGUGCAGUGAAUUUUUAAGCGUUUUGAGUUGAGUGAGGCUGGGUUAGGUUAGGUAAAGUUAGGAAAGCAUUGAAGUACAGUGAUUUUUGGAGUGUUUGUGUCGAGUUGAGUUAGGUAAGGUAAGGUGAAGUUAGUAAAGAGAUGGAGUAGUGAUUUUUGGAGUAUUUGCAUAAAAUCAAGUUAGGUUAGGUUAGGAAAGAGAUGGAGCAGUGAUUUUUGGAGUGUUUGUGUAGAGUUGGGUUAAGUUAGAUAAAGUAAGGUUAGGAAAGAGGUGGAGUAAUAGCUGGGUUAGGUAAGGCUAGGUUAGUAAAAAAUUGGAUUAAAGUGAUAUUUGGAGUGUGUGUAGAAUUGAGUUAGGUUAGGUUAGGUUCAUAAUAGUUGCAGUGCAGUGAUUUUUGGAGUGUUUGAGGUGAGUUAGGCUGAGUUAGGUUAGGUUAAGUUAGGCAAGGUUAGGUAAGGUUAGUAAAAAGAUGGAGUACAGUGAUUUUUGGCAUGUUUGCGUAGAAUUAGGCUAGAUGAGGUUAGGUUAAUAGAGAUGGAGAGAAAGUAUACAAAUGAGAGAUGAGAAUUAUUCAAGAGAUGGAUAGGAAAAAGGGAAGUUAAUCUUAUAAGAGAAAGAAGAAAAGAAAGAAGUUAUUGAGAGUAGUUGUAUGAAGAAGAUAGAAAAAUUUAAUGAUAAGUAAAAAGGUGAGGAGAAAAAAAGAGAUAGAGGAAGUAUGUAUAAGGGUAAGAGAAGAUCAAAGAGUAGUAGAAAGAGGAAGAAGAUAAAUGAGAGAUGGAGAAAUAGAAAGACGAUGAGUAAAAAAAAAGGAUAAUAAAAUAAGAGAAAAGAAAAAAAAGAAAGGUUAGAAAUAUAGAGAGAAAAUGCUGUAAAGAAUAAAAGAUAAGGGAAAGUGAUUUAAAAGUUAUGUUUAGGGAAAAAGGGAAGCAAGUUAGUGAAAAUAAUGAAGUAGAAAAAAAAAAAAAAGACUAGCACUGGGGAAAGGAAG